AGCUGCGUGGCGCGCCUAUCUCAGCUGGAGCGAAAGACGGCCGCUGCCGUAGCUUGACGCUAUGUCCUGUGAUCGCCCAUUCAGCCACCACUGAGGCAGCAAACGGAAUUCGGCCCUCCGAGGAAAGGUACUACUAUCAGGCAGCGACGGCGACCCUCGAAAGGCCCAGCGGACAGACCCGAUGUUGCCUCUACAUGCCGACGACAAGGAGUUCAGAGCGCGACGGGGCCUACGUUUCACGGAACGGCUGCAGGGAUGGUUCAGAUUAAUCUUCUCGGACACUGCAUCACGGAAUCUCUUUUUGUUCCUCAUUCUCAACUUGUCCUUUGCAUUUGUCGAACUCUUGUACGGAGUAUGGACCAACAGCCUGGGCCUGAUCUCAGAUUCAUUCCACAUGUUCUUCGAUUGUACGGCAUUGCUCGCAGGCCUGGCUGCUUCAGUCAUCACAAAGUGGCGUGCAAAUGAAAGGUUUUCCUAUGGGUACGUGCGGGCAGAAGUUCUUGCGGGAUUUGUCAAUGGCCUUUUCCUCCUCUUUAUUGCAUUCUUCAUCUUCUCUGAGGCCGUUGAGAGAGCCAUAGAACCACCAGAGGUGAAACAUGAACGCCUCUUCAUUGUUUCGGUGCUGGGUUUCCUGGUCAACCUGGUCGGCAUCUUUGCAUUCCAGCAUGGGCAUUCCCACGGGGGUGAGGGUCAUGGGCAUUCCCACAGCCAUGGGCCCAGCCAUAGCCACAGCCACAGCCAUGGACACAGCCACAGCCAUGCGCAUGGUGAUGCUCACUCACAUGGAAACGGACAUGGGCAUUCACACGGAUUUGGUCUCGAGGCUGACUGUGACAGCGACAAAGCAGUGCCAGCUGCGAGGAGCCAAAUCAUGCAAGGUGUGUUCCUCCACAUCCUGGCUGACACACUGGGGAGUGUAGGUGUCAUUGUGUCGGCUAUCCUGAUGAACCAGUUUGGUUGGCUCGUGGCUGACCCCAUCUGUUCCAUGUUCAUCGCCACCCUCAUUGGCGUCAGUGUGCUGCCUCUUAUACGGGACUCCAUCUAUGUGCUGAUGCAACGGACACCUAAGGAACUGGACACAGUGCUGCCAACUUGCUACCAGAGGGUGAUGCAACUGGAAGGUGUGUACAGCGUGCAGGAGCCCCACUUCUGGACAUUGUGCAGUGACGUCUAUAUUGGCACGCUCAAGCUGGAAGUUGCCAAGGGCGCUGACGUCAGCUACCUGCUCAGCUGUACGCACAGCAUAUUCACGCAGGCUGGUGUCAAACAGUUGUACGUGCAGAUCGACUAUGCACCGAUGUGAUUGGAAAAUGCCACGAUGACCAGUGAAACCCGUCUUCCUUGUACAUUGACCACCGAAUGCUUUGGCACUUGGAAUGGCUGCAUCGUGGCUGGAAUUUACGGCCCCGUGGCAAGACAAGCUUGCCAACUGGCAUCUCGUUACAAACAUUCGAUACAUGCUUGACAAGUGGUUGUGAUACGGAAUAUCCCUGUGCAGUUUACACAUGGCAGUUUCUUGGCAAACAGUGAAGGUAGUUCUGAGGCUGUGCUUGCUCCUUACCCCUUUUAUAUCCGGUUCUUUAAAUCAAGUUCACAUACACUUUCGCUGGGUUAGACAGUGUCCAUGGUACGAAAUCUGUCUGCUUUUAACUGGACUGUAGCAUCAACUGUGCGUUUUCUUUUCAGACACAAGUUACAGUAGUUGUCAUCAUGGCAGAAAUGUUUGACAAUGAGGAAGCUCUCUGAAAGCUUGCCCAUUUCGAUUAUCAACGUUUAAUGUAUGAAAACACUUAGCAAUGUGCCUGGCUGUUGGCUUCAUCUUGCAGAACUUUACCAGACCUGGAGAAGCAAAUUCAUAUAGCAUAUUAUCUCAUUCUCUGACACCACUAGUAAGCUCAAUACACAGCCCUCCCUUGCUGCUUGCCAAGCAGUGAGCGACAAACAGUAUACAUGCAUGCCUCGUUUGCAGACAGACGUGCUCCAUCCAGUAGCGCUAAGCAUAGGGAAAGAGAGUUCCUAUUGCUUCCGGUGAUUCCAUGUGCUUAUUAAUGACUGUGGUACUCGCGUCAGCCUGCAAGCGGGGCACACGUCACCAUAGCCUUGUGGAGAAUGCACUGUUCCUUGUGUCGCACCAUUUGUUUACACACUCAAAGGACGGACACUUGCAAGUACUGUUGUUGUACAUGUGGGAGGUGGUGAAGGGAUUCGAUGCAUUAUAUCAUGGACUUCUCGGCCAUCAGCUGCACCGUUGUCAUUGCGAUCGUUGUGUACAUUUUGUUGUUGUUGCGCAUUUGUUUCUGUAAACUUCUUAUCGCGAAUGUACAGCUCUUGUCUGUGUACGUGUGUGCGCUUUCAAGAGAAGCCCGCGCUGACCAAGCGUGGCCACUAAUUGUUACAGCCUCAUGCCUUGCUCCCUUAUUCCACCCAUUAAUGACGACUGGAAAGUGUAAAAGAAAAGAGAAUGAAACAUUGACUAGUACCUAAGCAUGGUGGUGUGUGCCGUCAUGUUUCUUUAGAGGCCAUGUGUGGGGGGAAGUACCUACCUUAUUUUCGCCUGUAUAAUCUACACUAAAAAUUUUUAAAAAUUAACAGCAAUGUCGGGGUGUGGGCAGUGUGCAAAUUGACCUUAACGUGUGGCUCCUCGGCAGCGUAAAUUGCCAAGGUUCUGUAAUUUGGAUGGAGUGCAAGUUAUAUACAGAGGUGGGUUAUACAUGGAAUAAUGUGGCAUAUGGAAGCGACCAACCAAUUUGCAUUGUAGCAACAAUAACUGCAUGUGUGAAAGCUCAAACAGCACUGCCAGGCAGCUCACAUGUUGAAGGAUGUGCUCUGUGCUAAUUUCUAGGUUACAGUGCAAAAACUUUUAAUGGCUUUGAACAGAUAUCAGAUGAUCUUUAAUAUUGUCUCUACCUGUAUGCAAUGCAGUGGCUGUGGUGAAUAUGAUUACCUUCUACCGACCCAUCAGUGUCUGAGGGUCGUGUGUCCUCACAGAACUUUAUUUACAAGAUUAAAAUAUUUUCUAGCAACCAUU